UGCUACCCAUUGUCAAGUGUGACCUGAAAUUACGGGGAGGUCAGUCUCGAAUCUGUCCUAAGGCAGUGUUCAUGUCCAUUCCUCUCCACACAGCUCAUUGCUCUCGAACGAAGGCAGAUCGCUCUGGGCGCGAACUAUGUCCCCACUGGUCGACAGCGAGCUCGAGCUCGAGCUUGUCCUCAAACUUGUUCCCCUCAACAUCAUGUCCACUAAUAUUUCUGGCGACGAAGCCACACAGGCAGGUGGACUCGAGAACGAUGCUCCGCACGCCGAAUUCACGUUCCUAUCAGCGUGUUGUACCGCCGACCGCGAUGAGAAGACACAUCAAUCGGACACAUCAACCUCGCAGCUUGAUUUCAGUUUUAUGGGCCUUAUUGGCGCGCUAUGGGUGGAGCUUUCUGUUCAAGGAUUUCAAGAAGGCUGGUGGCAUGCAUAGUGCACUGUACAGAGGCGGCCGCGGCACUCAACCAUGCUAUAGACGCCGUGAAGAAGAUACCGGUCGAGCAGAGGGUCUGGAUGGGGCAACACGUCACCUCCUCCGUCGACACCGUACUACGACUGCAUCGCAAGUGACAUGACCACGCUAUUGUCCCCACCUGUAUCCGGAUUCCAACGACCGUGGCAUCAAAUUGUACAUCACAGGGAGCUCAUUCGGCACGGUGCCUGCGCAGAUAUUGUUUGACUUCAGAUUGUUACAAAUCCUAUCUUCUUCAUCAUGACCGGAUUCAACAAACUCCAGAACUUCAUGUCAUCAGUACUCCUUUACGCCCUCCCGCACGCAUCAUGCUCAUUGUUCCAUGCAC